AUGGCGCAGGCAACAUUCACCGGCCACGAUGAAGCCGUGCUGCGAUUCCGAUUGGCGAGCGGCCGCCUGAUACCUUCCGUGGGCCUCGGCACCUGGAAAUCUGAUAACCCAAAGGACUCUGUUUUUGCCGCCAUAGUCGAGUCCGGCUACCGGCACGUGGACACGGCGGCGCAGUACGGUGUUCAGGACGAGGUUUGCUUUAUUUUUUUUGGCGGGAAAAAGGAAGGCGCGUGCACGGAUUUAUCACCCGAGAGGGUUCGUCCGGCGCUUGUGAAAACACUUAAGGAAUUAGGGCUUGAUUAUCUCGACCUCUAUCUCAUACACUGGCCAUUUCGGCUUAGAGAUGGAGCUAGCAGGCCUCCCAAAGCAGGUGACGUUUUGGAUUUCGACAUGGUAGGAGUUUGGAGGGAAAUGGAGAAGCUGGUGAAGGAAAAUCUUGUACGGGAUAUCGGCAUUUGUAAUUUCUCUAUGAAGAAGCUCGAUAAGCUGCUGAGUUUUGCCGAGAUCAAACCUUCCGUGUGCCAAAUGGAAAUGCAUCCCGGGUGGAGGAACGACAAGAUGCUCGAGGCCUGCAAGAAGAACAACAUUCACGUCACUGCGUAUUCGCCUUUAGGCUCACAGGAAGGCGGGCGGGACCUAAUCCACGAUCCGAUCGUUGAAAAAGUAGCGAAAAAGCUUAACAAGAGUCCCGGGCAAGUGCUCGUGAGGUGGGCCAUCCAGAGGGGAACCAGCACAAUCCCGAAAUCGAACAAUCCCGAGAGGAUCAACGAGAAUAUACACGUUUUCAAUUGGGUUUUGCCAGAUCAGGAUUUUCAAGCUCUUUGCACAAUCCAGGAUCAGAAGCGUGUUUUGGAUGGUGAGGAACUUUUCGUGAACAAGACGGAUGGACCUUUUAGAAGCGUGGCCGACUUGUGGGACCAGGAGGACUGA